GGAGGGAUAAUUGGAGCGGCCGGCGCUGGACAGAGCCGAGCGGGAAGUCUCGGUGAGCGCAGUUUCUGUCCUUCCGCGCCUCGAACCACCGCUCGCGCCAGUCGGGACCGGUGCCGCGGCGGAUCAGUAACACGGAGAGUGGGGGUAGACCAUGGGGCUUUGCAAGUGCCCCAAGAGGAAGGUGACCAACUUGUUCUGCUUCGAACACCGAGUCAACGUCUGCGAGCACUGCCUGGUGGCCAAUCACGCCAAGUGCAUCGUCCAGUCCUACCUGCAGUGGCUCCAAGAUAGUGACUACAACCCCAAUUGCCGCUUGUGCAACAUACCCCUGGCCAGCCGGGAAACCACUCGCCUCAUCUGCUAUGAUCUCUUUCACUGGGCCUGCCUCAAUGAACGUGCCACCCAGCUACCCCAAAACACAGCACCUGCCGGUUACCAGUGCCCCAGCUGCAAUGGCCCCAUCUUCCCCCCAACCAACCUGGCUGGCCCCGUGGCCUCUGCAUUGAGAGAGAAGCUGGCCACAGUCAACUGGGCCCGGGCAGGACUGGGCCUCCCUCUGAUUGAUGAGGUAGUGAGCCCGGAGCCUGAACCCCUCAACACCUCCGACUUCUCUGACUGGUCCAGCUUUAAUGCCAGCGGUACCCCCAGACAAGAGGAAAUGGACAGCGCCUCUGCUGCCCCAGCCUUCUGCAGCCAGGCCCCCCGGCCCCCUUCAUCCCCAAGCCAGCCUGAGCAGCACACAGUGAUCCACAUGGGCAGUCCUGAGCCCUUGGCUCACGCCCCAAGGAAGGUAUAUGACACACGGGAUGAUGUCCGGGCACCAGGCCUUCACAGGGAUUGUGACGAUGACAAGUACCGUCGCCGGCCCGCCCUGGGCUGGCUGGCCCAGCUGCUCAGGAGCUGGGCUGGAUCUCGUAAGCAGCCACUGACCCUGCUCCAACGGGCGGGGCUGCUGCUACUGUUGGGGCUGCUGGGCUUCCUGGCCCUCCUGGUCCUCAUGUCUCGCCUGGGCCGGGCUGCGGCUGACAGCGAUCCCAACCUGGACCCACUCAUGAACCCUCACAUCCGUGUGGGUCCCUCCUGAGCCCUAGCUUGAGGCUGGGCCAGCCUAGCACCUGGGAUCUUGAAGAGGGGAGGCCGGGAGGCCUGGGGGCUCUUCGUCUCCGCUCCCCUCCCUCAAGCCUGAGACACUAAGAUCCCAGGCCCAGAGCCGAGUCCACCAGAGUGGCUGCAGGCUGGGCCUGGAGUCCCUGUGGGUCAAGCAUUUGUCCUGAUCUGCUUCUCCCUGGAUCUCCAGUCUCCCACCCUUUACCCCACAAAGGAGCUGGCAGGUGGAAAUAAAUAACACACUUUAUUAAAA